AUGGAUCUACACGGGUUACGAGUUCUUAAAUUUGAAAAAGGUGUAUGUGAAAGUAGUAAUAACUUGGAAAAUGUUAAAAUUGACAAAGAAAACGAAAAUAAAGGAAGUGAAAUACGAACAGCACUUAAUAAUGGAGAUAAGUUGGAAAAUUUUGGACAGAGAAAACUUAAGAAAACAAAAAUGAAGUGUAAAAACCUUGAUAAGCGCAAAAUUAAAAGUGACCAAGUCAAUAAUUAUUUUCGAAGUAAAACGAAGAAUAAGCGUAAUAAAUCAUUCACUAGUCUCCAUUAUAUGUUACAGUCUCUAGGAAAUCAAUUACUUUCACCAGAAAUUAAAAAUGAAAUUGAGCACAGGAAGAAACCUAAACGAAAACAAUCAAAUCAACUAGCAAAGAUUAAAGAUUACACAAAAGACGUGAAAAUCUUAUUCGUCAACGAAACAUCUAAAUUAAAGGAUAAAGCUAUAAAAAGCAAGGGAAAACGUAGACAUAGAGAGAAAGAAACAUCAAUACCAAUAGGCUGUGUAGAUCCAAGCGCUCUAUACCCAUGCGAAACUAACUUUGCCACCGAAACGAAGAAAUGCAAACAAAAUUUUGUAAAAACAAGAAAACGGUUCCAAUUAAAAAGGCCAAAUGAAACAUCUAGGAAUCGUCUUGAUAAUGCAAAAUUUAAUAAGCUACGACAAACGAAAUCGACUUCAAGUAGCUGUAAUUGUCGAAGACCUAUACAUUGCAAUGUUAUAGACUUCCCAGAAUGCAAUAAAAUAUUAAGCGGUAGAAGCAGUUACCCUUUGUACAAAAAUAUAGACUAUCAGUGUAAAGAUCAGCAAGUGUCGACUUCUUACCAUUCGCCUAUAAUUGAGAAAAGUAUUGGAGAAGCUGCGGUUGGUACAAGUCGAUCUUUAUGUUCUAAAAAAGUCUGUACAGGUCCUGUUUUCGUACCAAAAUUUAAAAAGCCAUGUAAAUCCGUAAGACCUGAUUCCUCACAAAAAGUACAUACGAAACCACUUCCUCUUCAAAUACUCGUUGAAUAUAACUUUCAAGAUAGAGCAAAAAUGGUCGCCAAAUACUUUUUAUUUGCGAUAAUGUUUGUGUUAUGGUUUCCUUGCAUUGUUUUGAUGGCCCUGUGCUGGCUAGUAACAAAUCCAUUUAGGACACGUUCACAGGUUGCUGAAAAGCCUAAACUACUGAAAAAGCAACCUACAUCAUCGAUUUUUCAAAGUAUCUUAUCAUUAUUAUCGAAUUGUUCAACAAAAGCAGUAGAUAGAUUUAUUUAUUCUGGUAAAAUUAUUGCAUCACUGGUUAAAAUAAAUGAUCAAAAAACCUGUAUACAACAAAAUCAAAAGAGAGCAAAUAAUAUUUGUUCACGGCCUGUAUUUACACAACGCCCCGAUCCAGAGAAAAUAUAUACACUUUUUUACGCUAAGAAGAGAGGUUGGAUGGUGAAACCGGUUCGCAAAGACACAACGCAACGAAAUGCGAACCAUUCAAGAUUUGAACAAGUUUUUUACGAAUUAUGUGCAUGUAACGGAGCAAAGCCGUGUGGUUUUACUGAAAAAUCUAUUAAAAAACGUAAGGUACAAAAUAAGAGUUCAUUGAAGAAGCAUUUAGACUGUGAAUGUGGACAGGGCAAUAAUCUCAAUAAAAAGGUUACUAUACGAGAGCCACAAAAUCCAACUCAUUCUGAAGCGUUACAGCAAUACCCGCGUUCACCUAUACUGGAAAAACGUCCUUCAUGUUACAAUCACCAAGGAGAAAGAUUUGGGAGCCAAGAAUUUCAACGUUGUCCGUUAUCAUCGAAAUAUCCUCGAAUGUCCAACCAUCAUCAUAACCCCGUAUUGUCUCACUCCGAUCCGAUAACAAAUAGAAAUUAUCUUCAUGCAAAUCCCUUGCCACCGUUGAAAUCUCGGAGCACACCACACACGAAACAGUGUUCAAUAAGUAAGCCUUCAGUAAACUCGCAUAAAUUAGGUAGUGAGGGUGUUAAAAGCUGUCAUAUUCCAUCUAGAACUGGUAAACGUUCACGCAGUAAAUGUUCACAUUCAAAAACCCAUCUUACAAAUUCAAGCUACAGAAGAAGUCCACCUCGUAAUGAAUUAUCGUGUCAUUAUUUUAAUCCUAGAUCAGUAGGCUUAAUAAAAAAUUCGCCAACAAAAGAACAUGAAAAGAAAGUUUCUUUUGCUCGGAAAGUUUUUAGGCGUUUUAAAACAUCCCUUCAUGUCAUAAACGAUAUUGUAGAAGGUGCUGACACACAAAUGUGGGCACAUUUAAAGUCCGACGAUAUGUAUGCAUACACGCUGAGACGAAAGCCAUGCUUUUGGAUUUAUCGGAGUUGUCCGUCUGCAUAUCCUUGUUUUUUGACGUGUCAUAGUUUUUGUGGUAGUGUAUGUCAUACAAUCUGUUAUUUAUUUUCGUUGAUUUUAUGGUGUCCUAUUGUAUUUUGCAGCUACAUCUGUUGUCAAGUUUUUUGUAAAAGUUGUUAA